AUGUUUUACCAUGGGUCGCACCCAGAACAUCCCCUGCGGACGUUGAAGAACCCAAAGGCUGGUGUGUUGUGUUCCAUAUGUAAAGCAUGUGCUCAUCCCUCCAUGGCGGAAUGGUGCUUUUGCAUGCAGGCUGGGUGCGGCUAUAUUCUUUGUUGUAAAUGCUCUGAAAUUGAAGAACAGUUAUUUGAUAUUCCGCAGGUUAUCACACGGAACCCGGUAUUACCGCAUGAAGACAUGAGUGUUUGUCUGCGCACACGUCCGCGCAGCAAUGCCCAUGUGUUAUGUCCGCUUUACCCCGGUCGUCUGAUGAUUGCCGUUUCCAGCGCCAAAGGCACCCUCGAUGCAAACGAAGCCUACUAUCGAUUAAGGAAGGGUGGAUGGGUCAACGCCGCUCAUGUUGUGCGUGUCCUUCCAUCGCAGCAGCUGAUCGAGGAGCUUGCCAAAACCCAUUUGCGGGCUGAGGAGCAUCAUUCCCAUGAAUUUAUGGCCUUGGAGGAAAUUCUUCUUUGCAUUGAUGAGAGUUUUCGGCUGAUGGAUGAGCGCUCUCCGUAUGGCACCGUCAUGGCAUCACUGACUUUUUUUCCGCUGCUGCAAUAUUCCUCCAGUCUGCACUUGAUCUCGUCUGAGGAGCGCACUGUUGUUGUCCGUGCAUCGCUGGGGUUUAUUCACUACCUCUUUCAUUUUGUGCUAGAGGAGGUUAGCCAGUGGAUGAAUAAUGUGGAUCAUAGAGUAAAGACGACGGCGCUCACACUCUACGUAGAGCUCCUAGGGAAGUCGCUUCUUGUUGCACGUGACGUGGCGGAAUCCCAAAUUGUGGCACUCCCUUCCGAACUUGGCCCACUGAUAACACGGACCGCUGCGGUGGUACUGGAGAUCCUGCCAAUUGUUGAGUGUGGGACAGCGCCAUUUGGAGGAGCCACGGUCUCGCUGCGCGCACCAUCCAUCGCCACUCGACAGGUGGACUUGGCAGAAGAACAGGCACGGCUCUUUGUUUGUUGCUGCAAUAUGGUAGAAACGACGGGAUGGUUGUUGUUGCAUACACCCACGUUUACAUACGACCUCAAAUGCCUUCGUCCUCUCCGUGUAGCCGUCUCUAUCGUUCCCAAUUCGGAGAGCCUUGAACGCAUGCUUUGUCAAGUUGUCAACAACGCUCUGGAGAAAAUGCCCUCGCUACGGAGGCGAGUCCAUGACCUGGACGUUAUAGAAGUAGCCAUUUCGCUUGCCGGGCGGGCGACGUGUGCGGAGAGUCAAAUGGCGGUGUUCAGGCUUAUCUCUGCCAUUGCUCACAACUCGCCGCGCAACAUCUCGCAAUCAGCGUCGCUUGUCAUUGCCCCAUUGAUUCAGCUAGCCAUGAAGGCCUGGAACACUGUAGUAGCCAAUGCGGCAUUUGACUGCUUUGCAGAAUUAGCCUACAAUGACCCACGAGUGGAUGGUUUUCGAAGUGACUCGCAGAGCGAAGAACUUAUGCUUCCAGUGUGUUCUGCAGCACUCCAUCCGCAAGAAGCGCCAUAUCAGAUGGCGAAUUUCUAUGAAGUUGGGGAUC